GGCGACAUGGAUCUCAGCGAGCUGGAGAGAGACAACACGGGCCGCUGUCGUCUGAGCUCACCUGUCCCCGCGGUGUGCCACAAGGAGCCUUGCGCCCUGGGCGUGGAUGAGGCUGGCCGGGGUCCAGUGCUGGGCCCCAUGGUCUACGCCAUCUGUUACUGUCCUGUGUCCCGCUUGGAUGCCCUGAAGGCCCUGAAAGUGGCAGACUCAAAGACCCUGUCGGAGAGCGAGCGGGACCGGCUCUUUGCAAAAAUGGAGGAGGACAGAGACUUUGUGGGCUGGGCGCUUGACGUGCUCUCUCCAAACCUCAUCUCCACCAGCAUGCUUGGGCGGGUCAAAUACAACCUGAACUCCUUAUCCCAUGAUACUGCGGCUGGGCUGGUGCAGCAUGCGAUGGACCAGGGCGUGAACGUCACCCAGGUAUUUGUGGACACAGUGGGGAUGCCAGAGAAGUACCAGGAGCGGCUGCAGCAACGCUUCCCUGGGAUUGAGGUCACCGUCAAGGCCAAGGCAGAUGCCCUGUAUCCCGUGGUCAGUGCUGCCAGCAUCUGUGCCAAGGUGGCCCGAGACAAGGCAGUGAAGAAUUGGCAGUUCGUGGAGACACUGCAGGACCUGGAUACCGAUUAUGGUUCGGGGUACCCCAAUGAUCCCAAGACAAAAGCCUGGUUGCGGAAGCACGUGGAGCCGGUGUUCGGCUUCCCCCAGUUUGUCCGCUUCAGCUGGCGCACCGCCCAGAGCAUCCUGGAGAAGGAGGCCGAAGGUGUCACGUGGGAGGACUCCUCCAUAGAGGAUCAGGAGGGGCCCGGGAGGAUCACCUCCUACUUCUUCAGUGAAGCCCCCCGCCCGCGCCCCCCACACCGUUACUUCCUGGAGCGUGGCCUGGAGCCGGCCACCAUCCUCUGAGUGCCAGGCGGGAGCCCCCUAAACUGGCCUCCCCCCACCUUCCCCAGUUAGUGAUUGAAACCACUAUGGAAAGCCCAGUUUGGGGGUUCUCCUUUGGGGUGGAGGUGGGGUGUCUGGCACGCCCACCCUCACCCCAACUCUGACUGGUUUUAUUUCACUUUCAAACCAAACGCUGCAACAUCAGAAACACAACCAGAGGCUUCCCAGUCGCCCUGCCCCAGAUCACUGACCAGUGAUGUGGCCGGGCCUGCGGGCUCUGGAGACUGUGCAGAGGUACAAAAGCAAUAUCACCCCAUUCUAAACGUU